GCGUGGGUAGAUGAAUCUGCUUGACUGUCGCUGUUCGGUGCUCACUAUGUGCUUUCAAGAUAGCUUCGCUGAGAGACUCGGAGUGAGAGACCUCGUAAAAUCGGCAAACAGAAAUUGGAAAUACGGAAAAUUCGCAAAACGCUCAAAGAAACCUGAUUGAAAAAUGGACAAAAUGAAGCCUCAAAAUCGCAGUCAAUGAAGAACAAGAGCUCCUCCAUGAGCGAAAGAAAUGAGAAUCAAAUCGGCGUAAGUAGUUUUGUUUUCGUGAAGAAAGAUAGAUUGAUACGUCAUGUCGGAGGAAGGCCCUACAGGAGCAAACAACAUGAACCUCUCCGAUAAGAUGGAGCAGCAGAAAAUUAUGCCUCCACCUCCAACGGAGGUGAUGCCUCCAGCGGAGGUAAUGCCUCCAGCUGAGGGUCCUGGAGAGCGUGCUGUCCGAUUCUGGCAGAGGCAUCGGCGGAACGUACCUUCUGGCUCGCGUCGACCUUUUGAUGUCAAGUCUACUGACUCCAAUAAGAACUCCUGCGCAGUAAUGGAGCAGAAAGCAGGUGCAGCACCUGCUAGCGAUGAUAGAGGAGGUGUAGAAGAUGGAGCUGUUCUUGAAGCUCGUGAUGCCUCCAGUGCAUGCGAAGACGCUGAAAAAGCUGGCGAAAAUGGCCUCGGGGAAGAAGUUCAUCUGUGUCCCCAUCACUCCUCUCCGACUACAUCUACUACAGGAUCUAGUGCUUUCUCAUUAUCACCGUUUAUUCAAGAGUUGCAGGCAACCCCACCUCUGGAGAAAGAGUAUCUACAGUUGCUGUUAAGAGAGCAUGAUGGAGAGAAGAGUAGUUUUGGCGACACGGAGCAGAAGGCUGCCGUAGGGAGUAGCGACCUCUGGAAUGCCACUAAGACGAAUUACGGCUUCAACAUGAAGUUUUGGAACGUUAAAAAGAGCACUAAGUAACUUCUGAAGCGUCUGCUUGCUUCAUUUAGUUGUGGAGGUAGUGAUAAUUUUCAGUCUCGAUUAGUUAUAGUUUCUCUCUUUCUAACCAUUCGAGCCGCAGUCAACAUGUUUUCCCGUAGUACCUUCUCCGCCUACCAAAAAGGAUACUAGGGGUCCGCUACGUCCGGUGAAUAAAGGUCGACGGUACAAUUUCAUGAUGAAUACAGGGAAAGAACAGCAACAACAAGGAAGCAACAACGUCAAUAUGAUGCAUCCCAAACCUGAAGAGGUGAACCAGCAAAGUCUUCGAGGAAGCCACGUUGUAGCAGAUUCUUCGAACAAAUCUUCAGAUGAUGAAAGGUGUCAAGUUCUUUCUGGAACAUCCACAUGUUGUGAAUUGGAUGAAGAUGAGAUUGAGGAAGCGAGGGAGGUGGAUGAGCGUAUACUGUCAAAGUUGCUCUUCGCAAGUCCAUCGCCAACAAAGCGGACAACUACAUCUAGUUCCACUACUUCUAUCAGGAAGCAAAGCGUUCCUCGCGAUCAUCAAGCGGGCAGAAACGAAAACUACAGCAACAACAACAACGCUGUUUUAAACGCCAGCAAUAGCACCAACAGCAAUAUCAAAGCAGUAGUCACGAACGCGUUUUCCUCGCCAACAGCGUUUUCCUCGCCAAAAAGCAGGCCAUUUACCCGAAGAAGAGGCCUUCUAGCGAAGCAGGUGGAUCCGUUGCUUGUGGUGCCGAGACGUGGCUACGCGCGUUUGAUCCGCACGAGCCCUCCAUUGCUAGGUCGUUUGGAGGAAGAGGAAGACGCGUCCUUUCCUGGCUCCUUCGAGCUUUUAGGAUUGGGCAAAGAAGAACGGGUUCACCAAAGCCACACGCCUAGCACAGUCGCGAGCACUGCCAGUCUGUUGAAGACGCCACUGUUGCACAACAGCCCAUUGGAUGGAAUUUUGGAAAGCAGUCCUGAUGAGCAAGUGGUCAUCAUGGAGUUGAAUAACAAUGUUAUGAAGUAGAUGCUGUUGAAAGGUAGGCUUCAUGUCAUCUCAGGAAAGAUCGAUCUCAAACUUUCACAAGUUCUAGUCAUAGUUCGUGAACGGACCACAUUGAUGUUAUGCCAGGUCUAAUGGACAUUGAUGUUAUGCCAGGUCUAAUGCUCGUUCCUCCGCUAGAACAGCAGCUGCGGACAAUCCCCUGAUUAUGGCCAGCCCGCCAAGGGAUUGUGAGGACGAUUUGCGAUUGACGAAGGCAGAGAUGGAAGUACAAGCUCCUAGUAGUCCUACUAGCGGUAGAGGAGCGACAGUGCCAUUCGAUGGUAAUCAGCGAAUGAGGCUAGAGCUUUCACAGCAUCCAGCAUCGUUCUGCUCGCCACGACCACAAGUAGCUCGUCUCUUUCGGUCCUCGGAUAUUAAGAAUAUCUCGAUCUCCAAAGGAGACGUAGAAGGGCUCCCAGCAGUCCCAGCAACUCCUAUUUCCACCAAGAACAACGUCGAAUACAAUGAAAAUAACAGCAUAGAAGAAGAAGAAGAUCUCCCAAGAACGACUCCCUCCAGCACAACAACUGAAGGUAGAAGUAGCUGUUUGACGUUUCAUCGUCCUUUGCGUGGAAUAGGCAGUUUUCAUCAAAGGACAAGAGGCCUUUUCCUAGCAGAGGGGUCGAAGAGGUCUACAAGACAGUCCAGAUCCACGAGGACGUCUUCUAGAUCCUCUGCUGGUGCAACACGUAGCGAUGAAUAUGUUGACUACAGGGAAGAUUGUUACUUAAGGGUAGGUUAAAGGUGCUUUUCUUACCGCUUUUUAUGCCUCUCUCCCUUAGGAUGAGAAAGGCAUAACAAGCGGGGUAAGCGAGCACCAAAAACCUACCUCUAAGUUACGUCGGAUGGAGAAAUAAUAACAAUAACAGCACCAGCAGAAGAGGAGUAUCGAUGUCGUCUCUAGAGCGGAUUGCGAAACGGGAGAGACAGCUAGCAGACAUGGAGAAGAUUUUUCGAUCACCAGUAAUACCUGUACCACCACGAUCGAGCGGAAGGAAACAUAUGUCGGAUUUAGUUUGAAAUACUUAUUUGUCCCAUAUUAAUUUCCAUACGCAAUAAUAUAGAACUUACUCUUCAUGAUUUCUACUUCUUCUUACGAUUUGACCACAUCUACUUUCUUCAUACCGAUGUUCGAAAAGCCGAGGACACUCUUCGAAAAGCAGAGGCCUACAAGUUCCCUGCGCACUAGCCGAGAAACACUGAUCGAAGCGGAAGACCCUUACGGUACGCGGAGAUGAUCCUUACGGGACGCGACGUUGAUUGGAAGAACCCUAUGGUAUGCGAGGAUGAUUGGAUGGAAUACGAUUUGCUGGAGAGACUUUUCAGUAGUUUACAACCGAGUCGCACGAUUCGAGUUGCAAAGGUAUUUGUGGGGAGGUGAUAGAUGCGAAGAGGAUUGUGAUAAAGAACUUAUUGGGAGCAGAACUAGAUGCUGUUUUUGUAUGGUAUAUUUUGUUGGCACUACCUAGUCAAAGAUUGUGACCGGUAAAGAACUGUAUAGAGGAACGUUUCGAACUAUUUUUCGUACCAUUUUUUUCAUCGAGACAGAGUGUAAAAUUAGUAGUAUUAGAUUUCAAGGAGACAGAACAAGAACUUCGAUUUUCACUAUUUCGUGUGAGUGUUUUUUGAUGGACAGGAAUAAAAAAGGUCAUCUUCGAUCCACUAGUGUAAGUUGUUAUUGAUUGUCAAGCAUUAUCGCAUUAUCGCAGUGUAAUCAGCAAUAUAUGAAUCCUUAUAUAUAUGAGCCGCAGAUGAAGUUGUCUUGAUCAAAAUCGGUAGUCUAUCGAUACAAGAUACGAAGAUGGAUAGCAACCAAGCCUAACUUUAACAUCAGUGAACUUUCUUUACGUUUAAAUAGUACUCGAGAACUUGUAUUUUCUAGAAUGUAUAUCAUGUCGACCAAACAAGAUUUUGAGUAAUCCGUAUUGUGCUAGAAUUUCCUGGCGACGAUGCGGUGUGCGGGUCACGUGCGACAAAAAAGAAAAUCUGUCGACUACAAAAAUUCAGAAUCUAAAUGGACUCUGAGCGGAGGUUCCUGAAUCUGAAUCUGAAGUGGAACUCAUAAAAAAGCAGCGUCGAGUUAAUCCGCUUGAGUAUGCAAGUAAAACUGUGGACGGCGGAUCAGAUCCGGUAUCCCCUAAUCCCAGCGUCGUGAUCGGUGCAGCGUCAUGACCGGUGAAGCGAUCUUGUGACAAGGC